AUGUGCAAUGGAUGUUAAUCUCUAUACAUAACCCCUUGCAAUAAAAUCUGACUUUGGCCAAAAUAACGUGUCGGUCAUCUCCCAGCGAGAGACGGUACUGAAGCUUUACUGUCAAUCAACAGCCUAAGAAUUGCUUCCCUGUUCCCCUUUCAUUACAACUGGUAACCCGGUUGCAAUGGAAUUCGCCUUGUUCACAGGCUGAAGUUCCUGUUUCGGUGGUAACUUGUCAGGCGAGAACAACGCAAUUUAUGAAAAGAAAGGGCAUUUGAAGCAUAUUACAAUUGUGUCGCAUUUGAAUUGAAGUAUUGUUCACUGCUGUGAUAGGAAUGGAGGGUGCGUACACCGUGCUCUACCAGGAGUUCCUGCGUCUACGAUCGUUAUGUCUGAAACAGGCUGCUCUUCUACAGCAGCUAACAGAGGCGCUGAAGAGACAAGGUGGCUCUGUUCCAGGUGGAGGUCUUGGGGACAUGAUGUCAAUCCCAGUCCAGUGUACCCAGGAGAAAGCUAAACCAAUCUCUGAAUGUUCUCAACUGGCCCCAUGUCACAACCAGCUCCAUGGUUUAGGGUCAUCUGAAGUUGUGGGCACAAUCUCUAAUGUUCUUGCAAGGGAUAUGGAAAGAUUACAGCUGGAUGGGACCUACCCAGGAACAGAAACAAAGGCCUUCAAAGCCCCUGUCUUUGUAGACCUAGAUCCUCCUGGAUGUAACACAGCGACGAGGACUUCUCAUUGCUCCAGGGAUACAAGACAAAUAGAUCAACUGUUGAGUGAUGAUCCAACACAAAUGUUUAGGACCCCUAAGGUGUGUGGUUCCUACCUGGACAGUGAUUUUCUCACUAUUAAUGGGGGGAUGCUGAUGUCAGAGCUGGCCCUGCAUUCUCAGGUGUGUGAUGACUGCCAAGCUGUGUUCCCUGGACACACCACCACCAAAGGAGAUUUCCUUCGACACCUCCACACACAUAUCCCUUAGACUGACAGAGUUGUGAUAUCUCCUGAUUCUACAUAUUUUAAUCAUAGAUUCUAGAAAAUGAUAUUCCACUCCUAGUUAAAAUGAUUUUUUGUUGUUUCUGUUUAUUAAUGCCUUUUUAGUGUAAAUGUGGAUGUACACUAGAGGGCACUAAAUCCUCAUAGCAUUAUAUUAUCACAAACUAAUCUUAAAUAUAGUACAGUGAUAUUAUGUGUGAUAAGUAAGAAGUGUGACAGUCCUCAUGCAGGUACAAAAAAAGAAUAAAAUAUAAAUACCAAAAUGUAUUUUUGUAUGUUAUUCCCUACAUUUGAUCAUUUUAUUGACCUGUAUGUGUUUAUAACAUUUUACACUUGAAAUUGCAAGAGUAGGUCUUGCAUGUAUUGACUAUGAACACAUCAACAUUUUUAUAGUGUAGGUUCCAUACAAUCAGAGCAGAGAUGCUGAAGCACAUAGAUGCACUCGUUGACCUGCCACUCGUUAUAUUUAGUCUUACGUUCUCUAGUGCGGGUGGGGUGGGGGGUGGGGUAUGUGAGCGGACAUGCAGUGAGUUGAGCUGGUGACAUCAGAACUCCAGGUGAGUCAUGCAGGCAUCGUCUGUACAGGAUUAACAGUUGGCGCAGAACUGGAAGGAACAAACAAGUCGGCAGAGCGGGGGUGGUGUUGAUGGCUGUGAUAGUGGGGGGAGAGUGGGAAUAUGACUGUGUGGACUUGGUGUGUCUAUUGAUUCUAUUUAGAUGUUGGCAACCCAUGAAUGACGCAAAACUUCCCUGUUGUCAUAUAGUUUAUCAGAAACGUCAAAAACUGUCAUUUCUGGUGUCUGCCCACUGAAAUGAUUCCACUUGAAGAAACUAUUUAAACCACAAAA